CUGCGGGGUAUCUGAGAUUAUCAACCGUCUGUUAGUUAACUUGAUACUGCUAGCUAGUCAAGAUCUUCAUCUGUCAUUUCUAUCCUUUAGCGUACGUGAGGAAACUGUACAACCUCGCUGUCAUUGGCUUGUGAUGCCGAGGAUAUCGAGACGGAUAUACUUCUGAUCCUCUCAUUGGUUUGUUUCUUCUUCGCAUCUGUGGUAUUCAUUUAUUCUCCGAACAGUCUGCAGACGAAAAUCAACAAAAGCUCACACAAGAAGUGAAAAGAAAAGAAACUAGAUAUUCACAGAAUACAAAACACACAAUGACAACCGAUUCGAAGGCGCGCUGCCUUCUCGUCGGCGGCGGCGGAGUGGGCACAAUGGCCGCAUACAACCUCGAAGCUGGCGGUAAGGCGACAGUGACGGCAGUGCUGCGGUCGAAUUUCACAGCAGUCGAACGAGAUGGGUUCAAUAUCGAUUCGAUUGAUCACGGAAAGAUAGAAGGCUGGAGACCGACGGAGAUUCGAACCACAAUCCCCGAUAUCAAAACAGAUAAAGACAGUAAUAAUAAACCAUACGACUUCAUCAUCGUAACGACCAAAAACACACCCGAUAUCCCACCAUCCCUACCAUCUCUUCUCGCCCCGGCCGUAACGCCAGGACACACAAGCAUCAUGCUUCUCCAAAACGGGCUGAAUAUCGAAAAGCCCUUCUUCGCCGCUUUCCCAGAUCACCCUAUCCUAUCAGGCGUGUCUCUCAUUGGAGCAACUGAAACAUCACCAGGGAAAGUCCUCCAUGAUGAUCGAGAUCGUAUGAUCGUCGGGGCGUUUCCUCGUGCUACCUCCUCUCCAGACCCCUCCCCGAAAGACCACACAUCCGCCUCUCACUUCGUCGACAUCUACUCCGCCUCAGGCAAAGUCGUCUGCAACCUCACCACGAACGUAGGUCUAGUCCGCUGGCGCAAACUCGUCUACAACGCAAGCUACAACUCCAUCUGCGCCAUCACAGGCCUGGAUACGACCCGGAUGCGGUUCGCAGGCGAGCCUCUUCGUCAACUCAUCCGGCCAGCGAUGUGGGAGAUCAUAGCGACGGCUCGAGCGGCGGGGUAUCCGCUCCCGGAGGAAGAAGAGCUCGUGGAAAUGAUGGUGGAUGUUGAUCCGUGGACGUUCUUUAAGCCGAGUAUGUUGCAGGAUGUGGAGAAGAAUAACUUCACCGAAUUCGAAAACAUCGUUGGCGAACCCGUCCGCGAGGCACAGCGUCUAGGCGUCCCCACGCCAACGUUACAGGUCAUAUACGCCCUUUUGCAGACGAUGCAGUGGAAAACGAAGGAGAGUAGAGGUCUAUUUACCGUCCCGUCGGAACGGCCGGUGGGGUUUGUUCUUUCUAAAUGAGUAUUAUGUUUUGCUUAAAAUAGAUGGUGGUUAGGUAUCGUAACUAUACAGUAUUAUUUAUAUUAUGACCUUUUUAUCUUGCUUUAGAUGGGGAUAGAAGCUAGAAAUCGUAUAUAUCUGGGACUUUGUUUUCAAGUCCGAAUAAUGAUGUAUAUUUAGUUC